AUGGACCACAGGGGAAUAAGCAGAGCCACAGCAACAAAAGAAGAGGAAGAGGAGGCUCGAGAGGAAUGGAUCAAGAAUCCUCCGCGUGAAGCGCUCAACGAGGGACCCCACCACAAGAGGAGCAUAGAACCUGGUGCUAUGCUCACUGCUCCUGGGAGCACGGUGACGUCAGAGGCGGGCAAAGAGGUGGUGCAGCUGUCUGAAAAGAGCUGGCCUGUCCUCUGGAGCGUGUUGUCAAGUGACAGCGUGUCCACUUCUGAACAGAACAUGUGUUUGUCACAGCAGAGGUGA